UGUACAUGGAGCAAUUUGAGACGGAUCCGAUUCCUUCGACGUCGUGGUCGCUCACCCCGUUUCCGAGGUUCUCGUUUCAGUCAGUUCGUCUCGACUGUGAUUCGCGAGACACUGAACGUGUAUCGUCAUCAAAUGCUGUGGUUACAGUUACAGGAGAUGCGGCGAAUGCGACGACUAAACGACCUGCUCACCGAUCUGACCAUUGAUCGGAUUGUGGAAGCGGCCGAGCUUGCUUUGCUCAUGCACGCCGAUGCUAAAAUGGCAAUCGAUUUUGUUACUUACGACCUGUCUUUGCGUUUUAAACGUCAAACCCCAUUAGUUAUUCGUCCCUACUUACGAAUUCCCAGACACUAUGAUACCUCCCAUUUUUUGUUACAUCCGACAUUUUGGACCAGAUUGCAUCAAUUCCAUUCCAUAUACCCUGCACCAACGUAUCCGUUGGAAUUAUGA